AUGACGGGAACAGGUUAUUUUUCUACAAUACUUACACAAAUCGUAGAACAUCCCUUCCACAUUCUUCUUGAGAUUCUAUUUACUGCUCUUGUAGGAUUUUUACUAUUCCAGCGGCAGAGCAAACGGAGGAAAAACAAUUCAAAUGCUUCAAUUGUAAAAAUGCCAUCCGAGGAAGAGCAAGAACGCCGUAUCGCACAGUUCCAAUCACAGUUAUUUCGUGCCGAUGCUAAAAUGAGUGCGAACACUGUAGUACCCAACCGAUUGGGAAUGACAGAAGUGGAGUCAAGAGAGGGAUGUUACAUAACCAUAAAGGAUUCCACCGGUGAUGGUGUUAAACGUUGUCUUGAUUUGGUAACGGAAGACUUUCAUUCCUUCUCCACACAUCCCGCAAUUGUGGAGGUGGCACGAAAUACAGUGAUGGCGUAUGGUGUUGGUAGUUGUGGUCCACGUGGAUUUUAUGGCACUAUUAAACCCCACAUGGUUGCUGAAGCAGAUAUUGCAAAAUUUCUUGGUGUUGAAGAUUCUAUUAUUUACAGUUUUUCCUUUGCUACUAUAUCGACACUUAUUUCCGCUUUUGUGAGUAAAGGGGAAUAUAUUGUUAUGGAUGCUGGGGUUAAUCUUUCUGUCGCCGAUGGGUGUACAUUGUCUCGUGCAAAUGUUUACAAGUAUCGUCACAAUGAUAUGACACAUUUAGAAACUCUUUUGAAAGAAAUUGUAGAGAAGGAAAAAAAAGAAAAUAAACUAUCACGACGUUUCGUGGUUACGGAAGGUAUAUUUAGGAACACUGGUGAUAUUUGUAAUCUUCCAAAGAUUUUACAACUCUGCCAGACGUACAAGUUCCGAAUCAUCUUAGAGGACAGCUAUGGAUUUGGUUGCCUUGGCUCCACAGCCCGUGGUACACAUGAACAUUAUGGAAUUCCAGCAAAAAUGAUUGAUGUUUAUGUUGGAAGUUUAAGUACAUCUUUAGGAGGUGUUGGUGGGUUCUGUGCGGGUGAUCACGCUAUGGUGGAUUAUCAACGUCUUACCGCGGCGGCAUAUGUUUUCUCUGCCUCAUUACCGCCUUAUGUUACUUCUGCUGUAUCGGCCGCACUGGAUAUACUUAAUAAGGACCACAGCUAUUCGCAAAGAGUACAGGCCAAUGCGAGGUUAUUUCGGGAAUCCCUUCGACAAGCUAAGUUUAACCCAGAAAAAAUUUCAAUGAUAGAGUGCGAAGGUGAUGUCUCGCCUAUUAUACUUCUGCGUCCUUCAAAACAAUAUGUGAAGGAUCACUCUCAAACAGUGGAGGAAGAGCUUGAGCAGAUUGUGCAAAUAGCAAGAGAGAAAAAUGUACUACUGGGACGAAGCCUUUACAAUGAAGAAGAAAAGUGUGAAAACCAUCCUGGAGUACGUAUUCUCGUAAAAGGGAAAGCCUCUAAGGAUGAACUUGAAAAUGCUGCAACAGUUGUUAUUGAGGCAGUUAAGACUGCUUUCCCUUGA